UCUUUUUUAAACAUGUAUAAAUAUGAGUCGAUCUAUGUGGAAAACAGCCACAUGGGAUGGAACGGUUUUUAAAUGAAUUUUAUUUUUGUACUUUUGAUACAAAACAGUGCUUAGUGAUUGGCAGAGCUAAGUAAUUUUGUCCAUUAAUUAAUUUUGCCAGUAAAUAUGGACAUCAGUUUCAAAACAACUUGUUCAAAACAAUUUGGUGGCUGUACAUCUUACUCAUUAAGGCAAAUCUUUUUUAGUUGGCAACCAGUAGCCUGUCAAGUGUCCAAUGCUGCCAAUUAAUUCUUGAAGCAAAUAAAUUUUUUGUUGAAUUUCUUUCAUUUCAUCAUCAACCAGCAUCGUGCAAAUAGUUGCUUUAUUUUGAUAGUUUUGGUACUGGUAGUGAAAUCGCAUUGAAAACAAGCAUAAAUGGCUGAAAAUGAUUUUUCAGACAAUACUAAAACACUGUCCGAGUCAGAGAUACAAAAUCUUAAAUUACAAAAUUCGCGAAUAAUCAGUGAAUAUAAAGCUAACCAACUAGAACUUGAAGCUAAGAAGCAUUGGGAUCUAUUUUAUAAAAGAAAUGAGAACAGGUUUUUUAAAGAUCGGCAUUGGACUACUAGAGAGUUUGAAGAUUUGUUAAAUGAUCAAGAAUCUGAUAAAUUGAUAUUGUUUGAGAUAGGGUGUGGUGUUGGGAAUUUCAUAUUUCCGUUGAUUGAGGAAGGCCUAAACUUUCAAAUCCUAGCUUGUGAUUUAUCACCCAGAGCUGUAGAUAUUGUAAAAGGGCAUCCAAGCUACAAUUCUAACUUAAUUCAGAAGGUUUUUCAGUGUGAUAUUACUACAGACGAUGUUUAUGAGGAAGUUAAAGAAAAUACUGUCGACAUCACAACCUUAAUUUUUGUCUUAUCUGCAGUACACCCCGAAAAGUUUAAGGAUACUUUAAGACGGGUAAAAGCCUUACUAAAACCUGGUGGAUUGUUACUAUUUAGAGACUAUGGCUUAUAUGACAUGGCACAAUUGAGAUUCAAAGUGGGCCACAAAAUUUCUGAUAACUUUUAUAUGAGACAAGAUGGUACCAGAUCAUAUUUCUUCUCAACUGAAUUUAUGAAACGUCUUUUAGAAGAGUGUGGUUAUGAAAUAGUUCUAAAUACGUAUAUACACAGGAGAACUGUUAACAAAAAAGAGAAUAUUGAUGUUCCCAGGAUUUUUGUCCAAUGUAAAGCUAGGAAGCCUGUAGAAUAAAAUAGAAAAGGUUGAAGAAAAUGAGUCGAAAAUGGGAAACUGAUACUGGCCAACUGUACAAGAUUUGACAAAGUUACAUGCUGUAUUUCGUAUCCACUGAUAGGUAAUCAUGGAGAAUACGAAGAGGAUGUUAGAGCAAAAUAAGGACUAAUUUGUCUAAUCCUGGAGAACUGAUUAUGGGAAUGUGGCAACAAAAUAAGGACAAGGACUGAUUGUUGUGAUCUUCAGGGUCACCUUUGGGCACUCAAACACCAGCUACAAUACCUGGUACCACUGCAUCUACCAGAAUGACCACCAACAGCAGCUCUCUGUCAAAUCAGGAACUGAACUCUUUGUCUAAUUUUUCCACUGAGGGGGUUCCAGUUGAGGAAGUUCCUUAGAUUCCAGCAGCAUCUUGUCUGGCAAUCUAAUACCUGCACAAUCAGCCAAUGAUUAAUAUUAGUAUACAUCCUAUGGAUAUCACAGCAAAUGACAGUGUAGGAUAAAAACAGACAACAUGGAUAUCACACAUAACAUAAGAAAUAUAUGUUUUCGCCAUGCGAAAGAUAAAAUUGAUUCUUGGUUGAAGAAAUUUUUAGAAAGUUGAAAUUGUAGCCUGAUCACAUUAAAAAAAUGGAAACUGAAAAUCAAAAUAAUAAAAGUAUUUGAAAUUGAUUAUGAAACUAUGCAGGGGAGCUGAGCAUGCUAAUCUUAAAUUCAAAAUGGGACAGAAUGUAACCACAUUGAUUAAUGGAAAGUACUUAUUGAAAGUUAACGGAUUUGUCUAACAAAUCAAGAGCUAAAAAAAAAUUUUAUUUUUGUAUCCUUUAAGCAGCGCUCCCUUCUGUUUGGUUUUAUCUGAUGGGUUUUGGUAUUAUGUACAUAUAAAUCAAUAGAAGUAUUCCGGCCAUUUCAACACCUUACAGCAUUAUAUGGUAGAAACAUUUUGCUUAUAUAUAAGACCAUUUCUUCCAAGGCAGUUGAAAAAUGAAAAAACAAAUGCCAAACAAGUACCCACAUGUGUUCAUCAUCUAAGAGACAGAACAUGAAGUAGUGAGACGACUACAAGUUCUGAGCAAAAAAGAAGUUUUGAAACUUGCAUGUGACAAAUUAUCAUCACAUUUUGAGGUUAGUUGAAGAAUACCGCUGAGUCACAAAGCAGGACCGUGAUUUUACGUUAGUUGAAGAAUGGCGUACAAAACCUGAUUCUUUGUCAGAACGUGAUGACACUAGUUACAGAACAGGAAUGUGAUUUUAUAUGCGAUGAAAAAUAUUCAAGCAAGCCAGUUCCGAAUGUGAAUUUUUAAAUAUUGGGUUGAUAAAAAUUGAAUAAAAUAUUUUACCAAAGCUA